AUGCACGCCCUUUCCACAGAUUGCAAAGCAGCCAAACUGGCCGACAUUGUGUUCAUCGUCGAUGGGUCUGGAAGUAUAGGAACCCCCAACUUCCAGCUCAUACGCAGUUUCCUGCACUCGAUUGUGAACGGCCUGGAAGUCAGUCCAUCCAGAGUGCGAGUGGGCAUCGUGAUGUACAACAAAAUAACCACCGCACAGGUCUACCUCAACACCUUCAACAACAAGGACGAAUUGCUGAAGUACAUCAAGAUCCUGCCCUAUCGUGGAGGCGGCACACAAACUGGAGAGGCCCUGAAGUUCGCCCUGGAGAAGGUCUUCAUCAAGCAAAAAGGAAGCAGGAAGGAUUCUGGUGUCCAGCAGGUGGCGGUGGUGAUCACAGACGGGGAAUCGCAGGACAGCGUGAGCACGCCGGCGGCUGAGCUUCGUCGGGCCGGUGUCACUGUUUACGCCGUAGGAGUCAAAGAUGCCAACCAUGCCCAGCUGGUGGAGAUGGCGUCUUAUCCUACGAAUAAACACAAGUUCAUCGUGGACAGUUUUGCCAAGCUGAAAUCUCUGGAGCAGAGCCUGCAGAAAAGUCUGUGCCAAAACAUCCUCCGGUCAGCAAUAUCUGUCAGUUCAAGAGGAAAUGCCAUCAAAGAAGGCUGCGUGCAAAAGGAGGAAGCAGACAUCUUCUUCCUCAUCGAUCACUCAGGAAGCAUUUACCCCAACGACUUCAAGGACAUGAAGAAGUUCAUGAUUGAGUUUCUAAAUACCUUCAACAUUGGUCCACAACAUGUCCGCAUAGGGGUUGUGAAAUACGCAAAUUCUCCAGAUUUAGAGUUUGAUCUGACAGCACACUCAGAUGUGAAGAGUUUGGAGAAUGCCGUAGAGGCAAUUAGACAAAUAGGAGGCGGGACAGAAACAGGAAGAGCACUGACUUCCAUGGUCCCACACUAUAAUCGAGCGCUGGUCACGCGUGGUCACGAAGUCCCAGAGUACCUGGUGGUGAUCACUGAUGGAAAGUCCGCUGAUGAGGUGAAGGUUCCUGCAGAACAGGUGAGGGCGCAGGGAGUCACUGUAUACGCCAUCGGGGUGAAAAGUGCAGAUCCAGUCCAGCUGCAAGAGAUCGCCGGCGACCCCAAGAGGACUUUCUUUGUCAAUCAUUUUACGCUCUGACUCCAAUCAAGGACGACAUCAUCACCGACAUCUGUUCUACAGAGGCUUGCAGUGAUAAACCGGGCGACCUCCUCUUCCUGAUUGACAGCUCUGGAAGCAUCGACCCACAAGACUACGAGAAAAUGAAAGACUUCAUGAAAUCUGUCAUCACCAAGUCCGUCGUCGCGCAGGACAACGUGCAUGUCGGCGUCAUGCAGUUCAGCACCAUCCAACGACUAGCGUUCCCCCUCAACCAAUACUACAGCAA